GGAACAGUCUCUGAUUACAACUGGAACUUAAAUGAUGCUGAGGUGGUUUGCAGACAGUUAAACUGUGGGUCGGCACUAGAGAAUCCCCAAUUCGGUCACUUUGGUGCAGGAACUGGACAGAUUUGGCUCAGUGCUGUGACGUGUUCAGGAAAUGAAGGUUCCCUAACUGAAUGUCAACACUCAGGAUGGGGAAACAACUACUAUGGACACCAUUAUGAUGUUGGUGUCAUCUGUUCAGCGUGCGGCAGGGCUGUGGAAAACUCAGGAAGUGGGCCCUGGCAGGUCAGUAUAAACCACAAUGGACAGUUUUGGUGUGGAGGGUCCCUAAUUACCAACCAGUGGGUGCUAACAGCUGCUUCCUGCAUAUCACAUAACCUGACAGAGGUACAUCUAAGCUGCCACACCCAGUCAGAUUUAACCUCCGGCGAAGUGUCUCUGACAGUGGAAGAUAUCAUCUGUCAUCCUGCAUUCAACAACAGCACGUAUGAGAACAACAUUUGUCUUCUGAAGCUGUUGGCUCCUGUGACUUUCACAGACUACAUUCAGCCAAUCUGCUUAGCCUCACAAAACAGCACUUUCUACAAUGGGACCAGCAGCUGGGUCACUGAUUUUAGUAAAACUGGUAACAGUUCCUUCCCAAAGAUCCUGCAGGAGGUAAAUGCACCAGUGGUGGGAAACAAUGAGUGCCAGUGCUACUAUAAAGGUGACAAAGCAAUCACAGAGAACAUGAUCUGUGCUGUGCUUCAAGCAAGGAAAGAUUCAUGUCAGGGAAACCCAGGAGGACCUUUAAUGACAAAGACAGGAUUUGCAUGGGUCCAGAGUGGAGUUGUGAGUACUGAUAAUGGCUGCGCCCAACCUGUGAGACCUGCAGUCUUCACUCGUGUGUCGGAGUACCAGAACUGGAUCAAUGACACCGUCACUGGAAUGAAACCAAACUUUGUUACCUUCACCUCCCUGGGCACUGACACUGACUUAUACUUCACCUGUCCAACACUGUCACCUCCCACUGUCCCCACCACUUCCUCCACAGAUGACAGUGUGUUUGACAGUGGUGAAAACCUGACCCACUUCACUCACUUUGCCCCACUCUGUCUUUUUGCUGUCUUGCUCCAUGUAGUUGUUACAAGUAGUGGAAUGUAAGUCAACAUAUUUGCCUAAGUCUUGUACUUGAAUACACACUUUAAAUACUCUAAACACUUUGAAUUUACUUUGCUUUCAUGGGAUUUUAUGAAUUUGAGGUGAAUCGGGUUAUAUUCAUAGAACAAUCAUUAAAUAUUUUGACCUCUUUUUUUUUUUUUUUCAUUUGAAGAUGCUAAAUAUGUUGUUGUUCCAGUUUCUCAAAUAUGGUGAUUUAGUGGACUUCCUUACUUAGUUACUUUAAACUUUUGAUUAUAUCAAUACUUUUUAAUCAUUUUUUUCAAGUUUUGACUAAUGGACAAAUUGAGAAUGUGAAGGUGUUAUUGACUUUUGUGAUUGUUUUUAACAAAUCAGACCAUGUUUUUAGUAAUUAUGGGAAGUGAAAGUAUAGAAUAUUGUUAUCACACAUGGGGCUAUUUCUGUGUUUUGGGCAAAAUCUCAUGUAAGUUGAUGGAAAUCUUAAAUCUUGUUUUAUGAGGACAUUUUUUUGGUAUAACAAUAUCUUUAUUGAUUAAAACAUGCAUAAGAAGAUUUGAUGUUCAUAUAUUCUUUAAUUCUGUUUAUAACAUUUGUAUACAGCAGAAUAGUCUGCAACACUUACAGACUGUCAUCUUGACUGCUGCUCAACUGGUAGAACCACAACACAAAAAAAAAUGUACAUCUGAGCAUUAUUUUUACAUCAGUUGUGGUUGUAGGUUGGUGUAGACAGAGCUGUGCCAACCUACCCCUGGCCAUACAGUGCUUGUUCCGGCCUUCCUUUGCUGUGACCACACCGCUGGACAAAAGAUGACGGUGACAAAAAACGCAUUUAACAAUGCGACCAUGUGGCUAUUUUUGAACUGUGAAUGAGGUGAAAGAAGAAAAUGCUCAGCGAUCGUCACCUUGCUGGUGUUGCUGGUGUUUGGUCUAGUGUAAAAUUUCAUUUAACCCUACAAUUGUGUUUAUCCCCCACCCCUUACUUUAA